CACUUGUCUACUGCUUUGUCUCGCUCUCUCCUGUUGACCUCUCUGAACUUUGACAGCUGAUUCCACGACUUCAAUGCCAGGUCGUGCUACAAAAUCACGGCCGAAUCUUGGUCAGGCUGUCAACCUGCUCAAUGCAAGUCGGCCUGGGACUCGAGAACGGCGGCCCACGGACAAGUAUCAGAACAUGGUCUCGAGCGAAAAACAGAAGGCGAAACAAUCACAAGACCGCGCUCGUCGGUCACUGUUGCGUCAGCGCCAGGCUCAAGAGGAAGCAAACGACUUUCGGGACCUUGGAGACCUACCCCCAGAGUCCGAGGAUGAUGAUGACAUUCAAGGCCUCCCAGGCACGUUCUCGGUCAAAUCAACUUCUCCGGUUGAGCAACGCGCCAAGGCUGCUAGGCUCUCCCAUAGUCGCAGGCCCGUCACGAUGGACUCCGAGAACGAAGUCGCCGGUUCGCUUUCGCAAGGGCAUAGGCACGCCGUAAUGCGCUCACAAUCGCAGUCGCAACACAGCUUUGACCCGAGUGCCAAAAUCCCUUCGGUCAAAUCAGUCUCAUUUCGUGGUAGUCAUGGAGAACGUCGACUUGUACGCCGUGCAGAGCAGGGUCUCGGAGAGGAGGCAAAACGUAAAUCCCUGAAGAAACGUACAUCUGUCGUGCCGCCUUCGCAGGUGCCGCCCGCACACAACUUCGAACCGGAUGACGGUCCUGCCUCAUCGCCUUGCGACGAGGACGUACAAGGUCCAACGGAUGACGAUGACUCGGAACUUGCGUCUCGUACUCCCGCCUCGGUUCGCCACAGCUCAGUCAUUCACUCGCCCCCUGGUACCCCGAGUCAUCGCCGUUCGGUACCACGUUCGCCAGCUGCUAUUCGUCGCCGCUCCGUCUCACGUUCGCCGGCUGCUGUUCACCGCUCUGUCUGUCGCUCACCUCUUGCUACUUGUCAUCGCUCUGUCUCCCGCUCGCCAACUGCUGCUCGUCGCCAUUCUCGUUCUCACUCGCCUGAUGCUUCUCGUCGCCAUCUGCUAUUCUAUUCGCCUGUUGCUAUUCGCCGCCGUUCUCGCUCUCGCUCACCUGUCGCUGCAUCCGCUGGACAAGGUCGAAGACAUUCAUCUAAAUCACCCCAUCAACGCCCGAACUCGCCCACUUCAAGACGUCGGCGUUCUCGGUCCCCUCUGACCACCCGUGAUGCAAGUCACGUCACAAAGCGGCGCCGCGUUCAAGGGAGCGGCACGCGUGGGCGGUUACGCAUGCAAGACUUCAAAUCUCUUGUUCGUUCUGUUCUCAAGGAUGCGAUUGGGCACUACCGGACCCGCCUUUCGACUGAAGAUCCCUACCCGGCUGACACAACUCAGGAACAGUGGGCGAAGGCUGCAUGGGUGAAGGCAUGCCAGAAUAAGGGAGUGGAUAUUCCCGUCGAAGAAGAGAUCAUUGGCAUGAUCACUGCCCGUGGCUCGCAACUCCGAGGCGAAAUCAAGACCAAGACCCGCCCGCUCGUUGAGUCAGCAUAUGAGCUACAGGCUCCCGCUGACCAGAAGGAUAUGAUCAAGAAUCGAGACUGGGUUGCGAGUCUUCUGACUCGAGUUGGAUUCGUUUACAGGUACCCUAAGGAACGUCUCCAGAUCUAUGAGCACCCGGUCCUUCAAAGUAUAAUCAAUGCUGUUUGGUUCCAGAACCCGAAGGACGAAGGGGUAAAGUAUGGUGAGUAUUUUGGACGUCGGAUCCCCCUGCCAACUCUUGCUCUCGUCAUGACUGCGAUCGAGAAUGUCCUUGAUGAGUGGCGCACCGGUGAACAUCAAGAGAUUCGGUUCACCGAGGGGACAUACAAGGAGAAGUAUGAGAAGAACCUUGAGGAACUCGAGAACUUCCAGCAGAAGACGAGGCAAGCCAAGAUACUGCCAACACUUCGGGCUGAGCUCUUGCAGCAUGCGUGGGCCAAAGCUCGCGCACCAAUGCAUGCCUCGGAUGUGCAUGGUCCGUCAUUGGUAGAUGAUGAUGUUAUGAAGGCAAUUCAAGAUUGGAUGUCUCGCCGUGGAGGUGAUGUCGAGGAUGAUGGUGUGGGUGACGAAUGUGGUGCUGAUAUGGAAGUUGAAGAGGGUGGGGUUGAGAAUGAUGGUGUGGUAGAGGGUGGUCAGUGACAUUAGAUACUGAUUUCAGUUGUGCUGUCCUUGAUGUUAAUCAAGUUGUUAUUUGAUGUCAUAAUUGUGAUUUGUGUGAUGUUGUGGAUCUACAACAGCAGUAGUAC